AUGGAACCUCUCAUUCCCGUGCACAUGGGCAAACAUACCGUAAAAUCAAAAUUCUCGGAUGUCCGGGCAAUUCGAAAUUUCAUGCACACACCACGGGGAAACUUCAAAACUUUGAUGGCUGUUGUUCUUUUGAUGCUCUUCACGGGAUCAUCUUGGUUAUUGAAGUCUUGGUCACCACAUAAGACCGAGAUUGUUCAAAUUCGCAGAACACGGAUAGGGGUUGCCCAGACGGAUGGUAUGGCAAGAAGACCUGCUGAAGAGCUUCCACCGUGUGCUAAAACGAUGUUAUAUACAUUGAGAGAUUUUGCCGGAUUGGGGUCUGAAUUGUCUUACUAUGGUGAAGCGGCUGCUGUGGCAUCCAUGCUCAACUACACGGUUCUUCUGGAUGAUUCAAUUUGGAACUACGGGAAACUGAGCGACUAUUUCGAUAUACCCCCACUAGCUUGCCGACCCCCUCAAAAUUGGAGAGAAAUGCCACGUACACGCUUCGCAAACGUUGGAGUGAAUGAGCCUGAUCACGUUUGGGCAAAUCGUGACAUUGAUGUCAGUUAUAGUGGCUACCUCCUGCAACACGUCGACUCCCGCGCCAUAGACACUCACGCUGUUUGGAACUUAUUCAAUUAUCGAGAACAGAGGACUAUCUUACCCGCCGUACAAAAUCUCCAUCAUUCAGUGAAGCCCAUCUUCGAUGCGAAAUCAGAAGCUUUUCGGCACAUAUGGAAGCCAAAUAAAAUGAUUUUGGAAGAAGUCCAAAAACUAAAGGUUGAGCUCAACGAAAGAAUGCUUGCUCUUGAAAAUAUUGUGUCUCAUCGCAGGUCUUCAGCUGACUUUGACUUAGAUUCCCCCAUGGCCAGAAGACUGAUUACUAUACACUUCAGACUGGGAGACAAGAUAAUAGAGAAUGAUGCUAUGAAGCCCGCCGUGACUAUCGGAAUAAAGCCAGCUCAGGGAAACCCUCACCCAUUUUUUGAGGUAGUCAAAUCAUAUGUGCCCGACUGGAAGACAUCCAAAGAGCUACCAGUCUUAUACAUCCUGUCCGAUGAUCCCGAAGGCGCCUUGAAGAUGUUCGAAGAAUAUCAAUCAUUCUAUCCCCCUUCACAACGCUUUCCGCUAAUAGUCUCACCCAAAACCAUCUCGAUUUCUGAACACGGGCAUCUUCAGUCAAAAUUCAACUCCGCCCCAUUGGAUGUCAGAAAGAAGCUCGCCACAGAACUAAUACGUGAUCUCACAUUCGCUGUCGACAAUUCCGAGUCAAUUGUCUGUAGUUCCGCUAGCAAUCUUUGUAACAUCAUGUUCCUACUGCGUGGCUCUCAGGAUCUGAUUGGUCCAACAGGAUCAUGUAGAAGUGUAGAUGUGCGAUGGUAUCCCAAUUACAUGAUCCAUCCAUUCAACGAGCUGAGUCUCAAUAUGACCAAGGAUCGUGAAAAGAUUCUUGAGAUGAUUCCACGCUUAGCUACUGAUCCAAGAAACUAUAUAGACCUCUAG